GAGAAUGAUCAGUGGAAACAGGACACAUCUGAGCUCAGUUUGGAGUUUCAUAGCAAAGGAUGGGAAUACUUAUAUACAUGUGGUAUUUGUGUGUUUUGUUUUUAAUACAUUUGCAAAGUUGUCUAAAAACAUUUUUCACGUUGUCAUUUUGGGGUGUUGUGUGUAGAAUUUUGUGAAAUGUUUUUUAAAGCAACUUUGGAAUGAGGCUGUAACAAAACAAAAUGUGGGAAAAGUGAAGCUGUAUAAUACUUUGACUGGACUGGCCCAUGAACGCAUUUACAAUUCUGCAUUUCUUUGGACACCUUAUUUGAUCUUACUAGAAAGUGUCACUUCAUGUGCUUCGUGAGGUUUCCCCGCCCUCUCUGACAUCUGUUGCGCCAAAUGAACGCAUCUCAGCUUUUAUAGGGAACUCUCGCUUCCUCUUGCAUAUUUCCGCACUGUUGCGCCUUCAGACCUUCCCAGACGCAGACGGUCGGUCUGUGCGAGCGUCGUCUCCACUUCACCAGCAACUCUGCGGGACGAAGCGCUUUUUCUCUGCGUAAAAGUUGAACUUUCUCCGUGUGUCUGCAGCCAACACUGUGCCAACAUCAUGUCUCUGCAGCAGCUCCGAGAUGAAAGUGACUUUGAUCAGCUCCCUCACAACAUCCCAAUCAGUGCCACUAUUGCUGAUAUCGAGGAGAAGAAGGGUUUCAUCGACUACUUUAUGUUUGUGAUCGAGGUGAAGACUAAAGGAGGGAGUAAGUAUCUGAUCUACAGGAGGUACAGAGAAUUUUUCAACCUCCAUCAGAUCCUGGAGGGCAGAUACUGUCCCGAAGACCCGGACAAGCCUGCUCCCAACACCUGCGUCCUGCCUUCUCUUCCAGGAAAAGUCUUCAUUGGACACAAAAGGGAGAUUGCAGAGAGCAGAAUCCCUGAGCUCAACACGUACAUGAAGAGGUUGCUCGGUCUGCCACCGUGGCUUCUGCUUGACGAGGAUCUCAGGAUGUUUUUCUACCAGACGGACCAGGACAGUCAGCAUCAACCACGAGCCCUCAGGCGUCUCCGCCCACCUACACGCAAAGUGAAAACAGUCAAACCACCAAAGUCGGACCUCUUCUCCUCCCCCCGGGCUGAGGCGAUGUUUGACUUUCGCGGCAACGGCAAGGCAGAGUUGAACCUGAAGAGGGGAGAGGUGAUCUUCCUGCUGCGACGAGUCAACGCCGACUGGCUGGAGGGCACAGUCAACAACCAGACGGGUAUUUUCCCCGAAUCCUUUGUGAAGAUCAUCAAACCCCUCCCAGAGAGUGACCCAGAAGGUGAAGGUGGAGCCCACAGAUACAGCUGUCUUCACUGUUCCCUGCUCACCCCCUCUGGAGUCUACACCAGAGAUGUGUGUGUACAAGAAGACCUCACCAUCCAGCCAACAUACAAGGACCUACUGUCUCGCAUGAGGGAUGUCUUCAAGGUGGAUGACAUUGCCCUGAACUACCGCGACCCCGAGGGCGACCUUAUCCGUAUCCUUGACGACGAGGACGUCCAGGUGAUGAUCCAGGAGGCAGGUCAGCAGGGCAAAGUCAAGAGACCAGUCAAUCAGUUUCCGUGGGAACUGCAUGUGACCAUGGCCUCCGACCUUUCUGUUUACAACACUGAGGCUUGAGAGGAGGGAGAGGGCUGUGAGGGAUAUUUAAAGUAUUACUAUUCUCAUAUUAGAAAAUGAAUUAACCAUAUUGAGAUUAUUACUGAUGUUGCUUUGUUGUUUACAUUCAUUUAAAAAAAGCUUACAUUUCACUUAGCAAUAAACAUAUUUUAGAACAUU